GGCUGGGCUCGGCUCCGGCUCCCGCUCGGGCCCUGCACCUGUGACUCUCGCCGGCGCCGGUCCUCGGUUCCCCGGGCGCCCGCAGCCCCAUGGCCCCGUCCCGGGUGCAGCUCGGCCUCCGCGCCGCCUAUUCCGGGAUCAGUUCGGUGGCCGGCUUCUCCAUCUUCUUCGUCUGGACGGUGGUCUACCGACAGCCGGGGACUGCGGCUAUGGGGGGCCUCGCAGGUGUGCUGGCGCUGUGGGUCCUGGUCACCCACGUGAUGUACAUGCAGGAUUACUGGAGGACCUGGCUCAAGGGGCUGCGUGGCUUCUUCUUUGUGGGCGUUCUCUUCUCAGCCGUCUCCAUCGCUGCCUUCUGCACCUUCCUCACGUUGGCCAUCACCCAGCACCAGAGCCUCCUGGAUCCCAGCAGCUACUACCUCUCCUGCGUCUGGAGCUUCAUUUCCUUCAAGUGGGCCUUCCUGCUCAGCCUCUAUGCCCACCGCUACCGGGCUGACUUUGCUGACAUCAGCAUCCUCAGUGAUUUCUGACCCAGGGACUGAGGUCACUACGGCCUGGGGGUGGGGGUGGGGUCCUGAGGACCUGAACUCAGCCUCUGAGACAUCAAGUGGGCCUGCCCCUGUGCCCUAAAGGCCCCAGGACUGUGGCAGAAGAUACACAGCCGGACCAGCAGUUUCCCAGGAGACUAUCUAUCUCCUAGUGGAGGGGGUCCUCACAAGUAGCUCCUCAGCCUAGCUGGAAGGCAGCUUAGACCCAUUCUGAUUCGAUCAGCACUUUAUAGGUCAGGCCAGAGCAAUGGAGUGAGGAAAAAAGGGAUAAGACUCUGAAGUCUUGGCCUCUGGCAGGUUGGCAGGGACAGGUUUGAUCUCUGCUGUCCCAGGCCCUCUCCCUGAGGUUGGAGUGAGAAGCUGGGUGUUCAGGUCCAGUGAGGAACCUCUAAUAGAGGCCUCCCACCCUCCUCCCCAUUCUUUUAUCACCAGAGGCCAUACAGUUAAAGUCAUGUCUCAGAAAGGUGACAUUUGGCUCUGUCCCUAAGGGAGAAGAGUUGCCUGGAGAGUUUGGUGGCUCUCUUUCCAUUCUUCCACCCAGAUCUGGUCUCCCAUGAGCGAGCGAGGGCUGGUCUAUCUGUCUGUAUGCACACACACACACACACCAGCCCUGCUUACCACCCUUCAAAACUAGAGCUUUGAUCUUUUACCCUCAUGAAGGACAGCUUGUGCUUUUCUGCCCCGGCCCUGGGGCUCACCCAACUCCACAGUCUGUGUUACCUGUAUCUCUUUACUUCAGGCUACCAUUUUGCACAUCUCUUUUUUCACUCAUCUUGCCCCCCAGCUCUGCCUUAUCUGUGUCCCCAUCACCUUAGCAGAAAUACAGCGGGCAUUUGUAUCAGAUAGCCUUCAGGUUAUUUCUUGGGGGAGUGGGAAUCUUGGGAGCAAAUUUUGGGAGUGAUGGGCAGGGAAGGGUGAGUCCUUCAGCUAUCUCAAUAAACGAUUUUCCUAA